GUAUUCGUUAUAGUUUGGAUGUUAGUGUGGAUGAAGUGAAAGCCUUAGCUUCUCUAAUGACAUACAAAUGUGCUGUUGUUGAUGUGCCAUUUGGUGGGGCAAAGGCUGGUGUCAAGAUCAAUCCCAAGAACUACACAGACAAUGAAUUGGAAAAGAUCACAAGAAGGUUUACCAUGGAGCUGGCAAAAAAGGGCUUUAUUGGACCUGGUGUUGAUGUGCCUGCUCCUGAUAUGAGCACAGGGGAGAGAGAAAUGUCCUGGAUUGCUGACACCUAUGCCAGUACCAUAGGACACUAUGAUAUUAAUGCACAUGCAUGUGUAACUGGUAAACCCAUCAGCCAGGGUGGGAUCCAUGGACGAAUAUCCGCAACUGGUCGUGGUCUCUUCCAUGGAAUUGAAAACUUCAUCAAUGAAGCAUCAUAUAUGAGUAUAUUAGGAAUGACUCCUGGAUUUGGAGAUAAAACAUUUGCUGUUCAGGGAUUUGGUAACGUGGGCUUGCAUUCUAUGAGAUACUUGCAUCGUUUUGGAGCAAAAUGUGUUGCUGUUGGAGAGUUUAAUGGUUCUAUCUGGAAUCCUGAUGGGAUUGACCCAAAGGAACUCGAAGAUUACAAGUUGCAACACGGGACAAUCAUGGGCUUCCCUAAAGCACAGACACUUGAGGGCAGUAUUCUGGAAAUAGACUGUGACAUUCUUAUCCCUGCUGCCAGCGAGAAGCAGUUGACUAAGGCCAAUGCUCACAAGGUUAAAGCAAAAAUUAUUGCUGAAGGUGCCAAUGGGCCUACGACUCCUGAAGCUGACAAAAUCUUCUUGGAGCGGAAUAUCAUGGUUAUCCCUGAUCUUUAUCUGAACGCUGGGGGUGUAACAGUAUCCUAUUUUGAAUGGCUGAAAAACUUGAACCACGUCAGUUAUGGCCGCUUGACUUUUAAAUACGAAAGGGAUUCAAACUACCACUUGCUCAUGUCUGUUCAGGAAAGCUUGGAAAGAAAAUUCGGGAAACAUGGUGGAACUAUUCCAGUUGUGCCUACAGCAGAAUUCCAAGAUAGGAUAUCAGGUGCAUCCGAGAAAGACAUUGUCCACUCUGGGUUGGCUUAUACAAUGGAGCGUUCUGCCCGGCAAAUCAUGCGUACUGCCAUGAAGUACAACCUGGGUCUGGACUUGAGAACAGCUGCCUAUGUCAAUGCAAUUGAGAAAGUCUUCAAAGUGUACAAUGAGGCUGGCCUGACUUUUACAUAAAUAAGCCAUUACCGCUCCUUGUUGUAUCCCAUCCCUCUUGCUGUUAAUGUACCCUCUUCUUGAGAAAGCUUAUCACAAGUUUACAUGUAACCACAAAAUUUUCUUUUCUUCUCACAUUAUAGUGGAUUCUAUUCUCAAUUAGUUUCAGUCCAGACUAGUCUUUUUUACAAUAAAAAUCCAUGGAUUAGGAAA